CAACAUGCCGGCACACAAGAGAAAACGUGGAGGACAGGGUCCUGCUGCAAAAAAUGCUAAAAAAGUCAAAUUUGUAGCAGAUGCAGGCGAGCCACCGGUUCAAACUAAACCGGAGAAAGAAAAUGAAAUCACAAUCCCAGCACCAGUGUCUCAGGGCAAAUGGACCAACAAGGAAAGGGUUCUCAUUUUCUCCUCGAGAGGCAUCAACUUCAGAACAAGACACUUGAUGCAAGACCUGAGGACUUUGAUGCCUCAUGCAAAAGCAGAUACAAAAAUGGACCGAAAGGACAAGCUCUUUGUUGUAAAUGAGGUGUGUGAAAUCAAAAACUGCAACAAAUGCCUCUUCUUUGAGGCCAAGAAGAAGCAGGACCUCUAUAUGUGGAUUUCAAACAGCCCUCAUGGACCUUCUGCAAAAUUCUUGGUUCAGAACAUUCACACGCUAGCUGAACUCAAGAUGACAGGAAACUGCCUCAAAGGAUCCAGACCGCUGCUGUCAUUUGACCCCAAAUUUGACAAGGAGCCCCACUAUGCCUUACUGAAGGAGCUGUUCACCCAGACAUUUUCUACUCCACGCUACCACCCCAAGAGUCAACCUUUUGUGGACCACGUCAUAACAUUCACCAUCGCAGACAACAGGAUAUGGUUCAGAAACUACCAGAUCAUCGAGGAGGAUGCCUCUCUAGUGGAGAUCGGACCUCGAUUUGUUCUCAACCUCAUCAAGGUCUUUCAGGGGAGCUUUGGAGGGCCUACGCUCUAUGAUAACCCAGACUUCCAGUCUCCUAACAUGCACCGGCGAGAGAUACGACUAGCAGCGGCAGCCAGAGUGCGUGAAAAGCAGAUGGUGAAGGAGAUGCAGAAGAUGAAGAGGACUGAAGCAAAGGAGGAUUUAGCCAGAGACGUGACCGCCGACGUCUUCGUAACACCAGCUGAGGAGAAGCCUGUUCACAUCGAGACAGAACCACCGGUGCCAAAAAUGGUGAAGAAGAAUAAACACAAAGCUUUCAAAAGACAAAGGAUGGCACGCAGGUAACUGGAUGGACUGGAUCAAACAGAGUGAAUGCACCACUGCAGUCAAGUCUGAGCUUCAAUAUUUGCCUGCAACAUGUCAGCAUUUACACGUUUUGAAAAUAUUUAACAGAGAAAAUCCUUUACUUGCAAAUGUGGUGUGUUAAGUGUCACACACGAUAAUACUUAUUUUGCUGGUUGACUCAUGAAUAUUGUAACUGGUAAUCAAAGUCUGAGAUUGUAAAAGAUCACAAACAAUAUUUUUUCCUUUUUGAUAAAAGCAAAUAUUCCAUUUAAA